AUGGAAAGCUCGUUCAUUUGUUCCCGUGCAAGUCUUCGCAUGUCGCGAAAAUGGGAAGGGUUACUACGGAAUGUGAAGAGCGCGAAAUACAAAGCUGACUCCAGGUGUAAGUCGUUCAUCCGAGGCAAGUGGGGGUUGUUCUUGUACACGUGGUCGUCGACAUUAUAAAUGAAGUGGUGCCCAGUUCCUUCAAGUCCCAUCGGGAACACCAAACGCAUCUGGGUGCUGACGACAGUCUUGGGCACCAAGUAGUGAUGCUGACUCUGUUGGGGCAUUUCGCCAAGUUCAACAGCUCCAACUUCACGCGUGAAGCCUGCGAGGAGAAUGAAGGCCGUGACCACUAAAGCCCUCCGUGAAGCCGACAUCGUUCUGGAAGUCCAGAACCGUUUCGCCUGCCGUACAUUAUCACACACCGAAGACAACGAGCCGAUUCACCGUAUGAUGUGAGGGCAACAGGUCACGAACUUACUGUUACAGCGGCUGUCUUGGCCAGGGAGGAAUGCGAUGAAGCAUCUAGACCAUCGCAGUCUCUAUGUAGAGUGCGCGGUUAUCCGUUGGUACGGAGGUGGUCACCUCUGUCAUUCUCAUCGGCAGGACCCCGCCUCCCGGCCAAACCUUGUGUCUUUGGGCACGGCCAAGUGAAUCGAAAGGACCUGAAACCUGAAGUGCUGAAAACGUGACGUGGGCUAACCUGAGAAGUGCUAACGUCGUAGGCAUGUCUAAUGCUUAACCUUAUACGGUGGAGGAGGGUAUGGAGGGAAUCGCUGUACGUAUUCCCUUGUACGUGUUUUGUUUCCGCCUGUUUCGAAUCGUUUCUUCGCCUUGGAGUCAAGUCUGAUGCAGGGUUGCCAUUUCGUUACGAAUGUCAUGCCCAAACUUGCGCGUGCCCUUGCCAGAACGAAGUUCAUCUUACGGAGUAUCGACCUCGCCGGCACCAUAGCAGUGAUGUGGAGGAUCGUCUGUCUACGGGAGCCGGAGAAAGUUGUACAGACCGCUUGACCAGUUGUUGACGCUGGGGCGUUACGUAGGGACCUUGGGACCACAAGCAGCAAGAAGAGACGGUCGAGCAGGUGUAGAUGGGGCGGCCCGGGGAGUGGUGCUGAACUGGAUUUAACACAUUUUGUGACGUUGAACCUUCCAGCAGCGUUUGCAGUGCAUCGGUUUCGAGCGGGAACGUGCAUGUGAUCGUCUGAUAAAGCUGUUGUGCUACAGUACUCCGUGAUAGAUCUCGCGGCAAAAAACACGACACGGUCACAGAAGUGCAAGGACUCGCCGUUUAAUGCAUGUCCUCAGAAUUGCGGACGUACAGUCAUCAGAUUGACCACGGUCAAAUUGCAAUGGUUUUACCAGGUUCCGUGUUGUAAGCCCGCUUAACCCAGAGAGGGGAGGCUUUUAGUCAACGAAAGAUUUGAAACAGGUGUCGACAGAAAUAAAGGGCUUGGGGUAAGGUUUGGGUGAGC